UAAAUGAAAGCGCAAGAGAUCCAGCUAAUUCCGAAGGAUUGGAGGGGCUCGGCUGGAUGGAACUCAGCAGAAGAGAUGCGAUCUCCGCCCUCUAGGGGGAAUCAGCCACAAGUCACACUGGGGGUUGCAUGCUACUUGCUCCUCCCUUGCUGAGCUACUGCCCAGGUUUGGUGAACGGCCGGGGCCCACGCUGCCAAGGGAGAUGGCCUCCACACUGGCCCCUUUGCUGAUGCUCUGGCCGCUGGUUCUGCUUCUCUGCAAUCCAGCCACAUCCAUUGAGUUUCCUGAAGGCUUUGAUCAGACAAACUUGCAACAGCCCCCUGAAUUCAAAGAGCAGCCAGAGAAGAAGAUUGUUGUGUUCCCCAAUGAUGAGGUCACCUUGAAAUGCGAGGCCACCGGGAAUCCACCUGUGAUGUUUCGCUGGACCAAGGAUGGGAAAAAGUUUGAUCCACAUGGAAUGCCAGGGAUAACACAGCGGAAAGGCUCUGGGACCCUGAUCAUCACUACCAAUGGGAACGUGGACACCUCCUUCAAAGGGACCUAUCAGUGUUACGCCAGCAAUAUCCUGGGCAGUGCCAUGAGCUCUGAAAGUGAAAUCAUAGCCGAGAGUGCCCCACAGUGGCCAAAGGAGAAAGUGGCACCCAUAACAGCAGAAGAAGGGACCAGUACGGUCCUACCCUGCAACCCACCCACCAGUGCUGUCCCCCCCAAAAUCUACUGGCUCAAUAGCAAGAUCGAACACAUCACACAGGACGAACGAGUCACCAUGGGCCAGGAUGGGAAUCUGUACUUUGCCAAUGUGCAGAUGACUGACAGCCGGCCGGACUACAUUUGCAAUGCCCAUUUCCAGGGCCCUCGAAUCAUCAUCCAGAAGGAGCCCAUUGAAUUAAAAGUCAUUGCCACCAACACUCUCUCACACCAGAAACCGAUCCUAAUUGUGCCAAACAAGAAGCACAGCACAUACAUGGCGCUGCUGGGAGAGCCCCUCGUCCUGGAAUGCAUUGUGGCAGGAUUCCCUACCCCAACUGUAGAAUGGGCCCAUAUGAACAGGCUGAAGCUUUCUCCUCAGGUGGUCUUUGAGAACUCCAACAAAACCCUCCGCAUCCUCAAUGUGACAGAAGAUGAUGAUGGAGAAUAUCAGUGCAUCGCUCACAACGAGCACGGCACCAUCCGCCACACCUACACAGUUACUGUUGAGGCUGCUCCAUAUUGGAUACAAAAACCAGUGAGCCAGAUCAAUGCACCAGGGGAGAAUGAGCGCAUGGACUGCAAGGUUGCUGGGAAGCCAAAACCAAAGGUGUCAUGGAGGAUCAAUGGGAUCCCACUAGAAGAAAUCUUGCCAGACCCAAGAAGGAAGGUGCAAGGAGGAGCUUUGUUCCUCAGCAAUGUGCAGCCAAACGAUACAGCUGUGAUCCAGUGUGAGGCCCAUAAUCACCAUGGCAGCCUCCUGGCCAAUGCGUACAUCCUUAUUGUCCGCCUGCCAGCAGAGAUCCUGACCCCAGAUGAGCUGGUGUACAGUGUGGUCGAGAACCAGACUGCCAUCCUGCAGUGCAUGGCUUUUGGCGCUCCACGGCCCACCGUGAAGUGGUUUAUGGAAGACAUGUACCCUGCCCUAGAUGAUGAGCGGAUCUUUAUGUUCACAAACGGGACCCUGGUGCUUGACCAAGUCCAGCGUGAGGACGCUGGGAACUUCACAUGCAUGGCAGCAAAUGACCAGAACAAUGUCUCCAUCACAGCCCGCCUGAUCGUCAAAGGAGCCACACAGUUUGAAGUGGGGCCUGCAAACACAGAGGAGAAGAGAGGCAAGAGUGUGACUUUCCACUGCAAGGUGUUGUUCGACGAGACCAUUCCGGAGCAUGGCAUCCAGUGGCGCCACAACGGGCAUGCCAUUCAGGAGUCGGAAGAUGACAGCAAAUACUUCAUCAACGAGACAUCUCUGACAGUUACCAAUCUGAACUAUUCUGACCAAGGAACAUACAGCUGCCUGGCUUGGACAACCCUUGACUCUGUGGAGAAAAGUGCCAAGCUUGUGGUAUAUGGCAAACCAGGACCAGUGUCAAAUCUGGAACUGCUCAGGCAACCGGAUCAUCAGGUGAAGCUGACAUGGACACCUGGAGAUGAUCACAACAGGCCCAUCGAGGAGUACACCGUCUUUUAUGUAGAAAACAAAUUUGGUCCAGGAGAAAAGUUACCACUGACAAAUGUGCCAGGAAACCAGCCAUGGGCCAUGCUGUCGCUCUCCCCAUUCAAGAACUAUACCUUCUAUGUGCAGGCCAGCAACAGUGAGGGGAAGAGUGAGCUAAGUAACCCGUCUGCCAGUCACAUCACAAAACCUGCAGCUCCUCAGCAGAAUCCAACAGAUGUUAAAGGAGAGGGGAAUGAAACCACAAAUAUGAUCAUCAGCUGGACGCCGUUGCCCCCCAGAGAAUGGCAUGCCGCUUCACUGAGAUACCAUGUCCAAUGGCGGUUAGAAAACGAAGCACAGUGGAAUGAGACAGAAGUUGAAGGCCCCCCUGUCGUGGUGACAGACACCCCUGUCUUCUCACCCUUCGAGAUCAAGGUGCAGGCACGUAAUGACUUUGGCAAAGGACCUGAACCUCUUGCCAGACGUGGCUAUUCCGGGGAGGAUGUCCCACAGGCCGUGCCUGAGAACAUUCUAGUUGUGGUAAUAAACAGCACCACUGUCAAACUGUCCUGGAUGCUGCUGAACAAAGAGAAGGUGUUGGGCCACCUCAAAGGAUUCUGGAUCCAUUACUUCCGGUUGGGAACCAUGUCAGAGCGUAGCCGUCGACAAACCCAUCUUCACUCCCACUCUCAUGGCCAGCUCCUGAUUGAGGGGAAUGUGUCCGAAGUCACUCUGGGGGGCUUCAGGCCCUGGAGCCAGUACCGGGUGCAGAUGUCUGUGCUCAAUGGGCGGGGGGAGGGGCCCCGCAGCGAGGCCAUAACAUUUAACACACCUGAGGGAGUCCCUAGCCUUCCAGAAUCCUUUCACUUGGACUACCUCUCUGAAACAGAAUUGAUCCUGGAAUGGAAGCCCCCAAAAUUCCCCAAUGGGAAAUUACUGAAAUAUAUGUUGACCUACCAGCAAGCCAACCAGACAGUCAACCAGACGGAAGUGGGCUUGAUCAGCAGCAACAUUGUGAUUCCAUCCGACCAGCUCACCCUCAACCUCAGCAACCUUGACCCCUAUACCCCCUACAAGUUCUACUUGUGGGCAGAAACCAAAGAGGGGGCGGGGGAUCCUUUUGUCCUGGAGGAGCAUGCCAUGCGCGAGUCAGUGUACCUGUCCUUUGUGAACAUCAGUUUGGGUGAAACAGGGAAAAACUUCACCACCAUCACAUGGAUCCCACGUCAGAACCAACGAGAUGUGGAGUUUACUAUCAGUAUCAUGAGCAAGUCUGAUAAGGAUGAAGACUGGCAUGAUGUCGGGAAGGCCAGUUCCAGUCAGGGUUCAUACAGCAUCCCAGAUCUGCAGCCAGGCAAGCAGUAUCGCGUGCGGCUGGUGAAGGUACAUCGUACUGGAGGCAAUCAAACCAUCUGGGAGACAGAUCUGGAAACCACUGGCAUGGCGGAGCCGGAGCAUCAGAGUAGCUUUGCCAAAGAAAGUUGGUUCAUCGGCUUUGUCAGCGCCAUUGUCCUCCUCAUCCUGGUCCUGGUGCUUCUCUGCUUCAUCAAGCGCAGCAAGGGCGGCAAGUACUCGGUUAAAGACAAGGAAGACACCCAGGUGGAUUCAGAAGCCAGGCCCAUGAAGGACGAAACCUUUGGGGAGUACAGUGAUAAUGAGGAGAAACCCUUCACAAGCAGCCAGCCAUCUCUGAACGGGGAUAUCAAGGCGCUGGGCAGCGACGACAGCUUGGCAGACUAUGGGGGCAGUGUGGACGUCCAGUUCAAUGAGGAUGGCUCCUUCAUUGGCCAGUACAGCGGGCAAAAGGGCAAAGAGGGGGGUGGCAAUGACAGUUCAGGGGCUACCAGCCCCACCAAUGUGGUCACUGCCCUGGAGUAAGAGGGCGUGUUUCCCUGAAGGAUACCCCCAGCCCUGGGGAGAAGAGGAUUUCCCUGUGGAUUAUUGGGGGAGGGCACAGAGAAAAUCCCCACCUCACCAAGGGAAGAAACAAAGAAAUAAUCUCCUUCAAAUGGAAAUGGUAAUUGGGGGAAUUCACCCCUCUGUUUACUAGCUGACCCCCCUGGCCCCAGAAUCAAGGAGGGUUAGAAAAUCAGGGGUUUCCCAAAAUUAUCUGCCCAGUGCUGAGCAAAGCUGGUCUCUCAUUUCUGCACCUUCUCCCAAAAGUCAGCUCCCCUUCAGCCAAAUUACGUCUGUGAGUGUGUAUGGCCAGGAGGGAUGGGAUGAGGGCCAGCAAGAGCAAGACCGAAGGGCUGGGCCUCAGUCGAUGCAGACAACGCUUUGCCUGUGGGGCUCAGGGUUCAAAAUUGCCAAAAGAACGGAUGGCCCCCACCUGCACUGCUACCUUCCCAAGGCCCAAAAAUGUUUAAUAUUUGUACAUGUUUAAGAAGGGGACAGUAGUUGGUGCUGCUCCCCUCCCCACCCGGAACAGGAGUGGAGACUGAAUAGCUGGUGGAGCAGCACAGGCCGCUGGGAACCAGAAGCCAAGGGGUCUUUUUGCUUGUCUCUGAAAAAAGAAGGAUGGCUCCUUAGGCAUGUGAGAGGACUAGAAGGCAGAAUCUGCAUGUUCAGUGCUCCAUUCUGAGAAAGGAAUGAGUUUUAGAGGGCUGGAAAGUUAAAAGGAUUCUGUCCCUCACCCACUUCUUCUCAUGGACUGCGCCAGUGGGGUGCAAGGUCUCUAGCAUAUCCACUUGGACGGGUGGGUGGAGGUGUGCUGUGGGUGAAUCUCCCAAGCCCCACUCUGUCAAUCCUCCUUCCCUUUUCUGCUUAGUUUCCAAAAUAUGCCUUGUCCACAUGGCACUUCCUUUAGGACACUGGCUUUCAAGCUUUCUGCCUCGAGGAAACUCUCUCCUUAGCCACUUUUCCCACAAGGCACUCUUACACAUCUGCCAGGGACCUCUUCUGCGGCAGAGGAUGCUGGGACAUGUUCCAGGGCUCAGUUCAUGGGUGCACGGGCUGGUCCAGCCAGGCCUACUGAUCACACCUUGUAUACCAAGUGUAGGCUAGGACAGCCCCAGCAGCUGCAUAUUGCAGAGGAAGAUCCAUAAUCGUAGUCGGUCAUAAUCAAAGGGGUUUCUUCAGAAAAGCUUGUCUGCCGUUGCUAACUGAAGAAACUCUGAUAAGCUUCCAAGAGACUCAGCCUACCCUGAAAUACAGUUUGAAAACCACUGGCAGAACUUUGUCCCCUUCUGGUGCUGAAUUUUCCUCUUUGGAUGCGCUCUCUCUCUGUCUCUCUCUCUCUCUCUCUGUCUCUCUCUGUCUCUCUCUCUCUCUCAUUCUCUUGGGUGCCACAUUAAUUCAUGACGUUUUUCUGAUGACCAAAACCAAGGGUCCCUUCCCUUGGGCCAAAUCCCCACCAUUUCACAAACACCCUCCCUUUUCCCUACCUCCAAUAUCCCCAUGAACAAUAUCCCGAAGGACCUCCCUGCUUCUUGAAUGCAUCUCACGCAGCUGCCUUGCAACACGUUCUCUUUCAGAAGUGGCCUCUUGUUCACUGAAUCAGCCCCUACCCCCAUCUCCACCUCUGUCUGAUGUAUUAUUUUUUCUCUUGCUUGUCAGGGAUGAAAUAUAUCCUUGCUUUUUUUGCAUAAAAUGUUUUUUUAAAUAAUAAUAAAAAAAGAAGAAAAGUACUCCAAUGUUUUGAAGCAACCCUACGCAAAAUAAACCCUGCCUUUUCUGUGUUCUGUAAAUAUUUCAAAUCCUUGUGCUCGAGUUUGUUUUAGAUGUCUUAGGACUGGUGUUUUGAAGUCUUCUAGUUGGUCUAUUUAGGUGGCUUGGAAUAAAACACACACACACACACAAAGAAAUAAGGGAAAAAAUUAAAAGGUCCUCUUUCUCCUGAAAUGUGAUGUCAUCCCCUUAAACCUGCCCCCAAGCCUCCCUGCCCUGUGUACCCUUAUCUUUUGUCAGGUCUGUUUCUCUCUCUCUCCAUGGCUUUUAUAUAUAUAUAUAUAUAUGUAUAUAUAAACAGAAUUAUAAAAUGGUAAAUAAAUGCUGAAAUUGGA